CACAACUCUAGUGAGAGGCAAGGGACGUAAGAAGUCGUCUAAUUCUUUGAUCGAAUUAGGCGCCUUCUUCGUCCCACACUCCUCUCUUUAUUUGUAAUUUAGCACGCUAACUUCUAAUCUACAGGAUCUAAAGCAACACUUGAUUCAAUUAUGGACGGAUUGGUAGGCCUCUUGAAAGUCCGGGUGGUCCGAGGGAUCAACCUUGCCUACCGCGACGCAAGAGGCAGUGAUCCUUAUGUUGUCUUACGACUUGGCAAGAAGAAGCUGAAGACAAGCGUGAAGAAGAGAUCUGUCAACCCCAUCUGGCAUGAGGAGCUAACUCUGACCGUCACAGAUCCCAGCCAACCACUCAAGCUUGAGGUGUUUGACAAGGACACAUUCAGCAGAGAUGACCCGAUGGGAGACGCGGAGAUCGACGUCGCACCAUUGAUAGAGGCGGUGAACAUGAACCCAGAGGAGAUCAGGAACGGCGCCAUCAUCAGGUCCGUGAGGCCGAGCACCAAGAACUGCCUCGCCGACGAGAGCCACGUGUGCUGGAGGAAUGGCAAGUUCGUGCAGGACAUGAUCCUCCGGCUCAAGAACGUCGAGAGCGGGGAGAUACAGUUGCAGCUGCAAUGGGUAAACAUUUCUCCUGUUGCAGCCAGGUGAAUCAUCAUCCGAUUGUAUAUAGCUGCUGUUCCUGUCAUUGCCUGACAGGCACAACGACAGGAAUUUAUUUCCAAAUCGGUGGGCACGGGACGGAUGCCUGCCCCUCUGUUCAUCCGCGAAAUGAAGCGUCCCGUUUCAAUCGCAUUUUCACCUCUUGUGAAUGUCGGAUUGUAUGUAACUUAACCAACAAUGGGGUCAGGGUAGUUGAUGUUGCUUCGUAGUGGGGAGAAAAAACAAGAAAAAAAAUAGAGGAAAAUAAUGUCGGAUGGCGCUGCCAAAAUGUAAAUAUCCGGGGACAGGACACGCACACAGCUUUGCUUUGUAAAGCCUGGGACAACAUAAUAAUUGAAGUCAAGUGGUAGGAUCUUGUUUGGUAACAAACUUA